AUGGGCCCAACACGGCCCAGUGGAGAGAGCAGCUCGCGUGUCCUGCUUUGUGUGCCAGGACCAGGAGAGAGCAAGAAGGCCGGUGGUGACGCGGAGAGACCGCUGGGCGUCGAGCAGGAGCUCGACGUGGCGCGAGCUGCGAUCCGGCGCACGGCGCAGCGGCACACGGUGUUGCCGGCCGAUCAGCAGGCAACGGCAAUGUCAGCUCGGCGAUCAGCUGGUUCGACGCCGGAGUGGAGAAUGCUCUCUUGGCCAGCGUCUACCGCAAUCCGGCAGCGUUCCAUUCCACCGGACGUGAGCGGCGUGCCGGACAUUAACCUCUACGACGGAGAGAUGCCGCGGGAGCUCCUGGCGCCGGCGCCGGCGCCAGGGGUGAGACGUCGCGUCCGUUCCUCGCCUUCUUCGCCGGCGGCCGGCACGGGCACAUCCGGGACCUCCUGCUCCGGCACUGGAAGGACGCCCGUGACACGGACGUGUUCCCGGCCGGUGUACGAGCACAGGCAAGACGAUGCGUUCGGCUACUACUCAUUCAUGCGGCGCGCGCGCUUCUGCCUGUGCCCGAGCGGGUUCGAGGUGGCGAGCCCGCGCGAUACUACUAGAGUGCGCACGGUGCAUCUGCCUCUGCGGCAGUUGGCGCACGAGCUGGCCUCCGGGGUGUCCUACUGGCGCUGCCGAGCUCGUAUGGUGGUGGCCCGGCCGGCGCCCGAGAGCGAGCUGCAGGCCUUCCCCAUUGUGGAUGUGCAGGUGCAGCGCCUGCCGCCUGGGCGAACGCGAAGACAUCGAGCGAGAAGGCUCCCGAUCUUCGCGCGGCCGGCGGCGCUCGAGCCACGGCCGGGGACGGGGCCUUAUGUCUCGCCGCCGGAGUGGCGGCUGCUCCGGAGCUUCCGUCCUUUUUUUCCUUGCCUUUACUGUGCUACCGUGUGCGUCCAUGCCCGUGUGAGGCAGGAGAGGAGCAGGAGGACGCCGCUGAAGAUGAGCGUGGAGCAGGAGCUUGACGCGGCACGUGCCGCGAUACAGCGAGCGGCGCGUCGUCGUCGUCGUCGGCGGCGUGUCGUUGAUCCCGCCGGCCGUGGCAGUGGCAACGUAACCACGGCGGACGAGUGGUUCGAAGCCGGAGUCGACCAUGCUCUCGUGGCCAGCGUCUACCGCAACCCGGCCGCGUUCCACCGGAGCUACAGAGAAAUGGAGAGGCGGUUCAAGGUGUACGUGUACGAGGAAGGCGAGCCGCCGAUCCUGCACGCCGGCCCGUGCAAGGACAUCUACACCAUCGAGGGCCGCUUCAUCGAGCAGCUUGAGCUCAUGGCGCCGCCGCCGCCGGCCGGCGGCGGCGGCGGCGCGCGCACGUCGGACCCGGCGCGCGCCCACGCCUUCUUCCUGCCGUUCAGCGUCUCCAAGAUGGUCCAGUUCGCGUACCGCCCCGACACCUACGACAAAACCCCUCUCCGCGCCAUCGUCGCCGACUACGUCCGCGUCGUCGCGUCACGGCACCCUUACUGGAACCGCUCCGCCGGCGCCGACCACUUCAUGCUCUCCUGCCACGACUGGGGCCCUGAGGCGUCGAGGGGGCACCCGGAGCUGCACGCGAACGGCAUCCGCGCGCUCUGCAACGCCAACACCUCGGAGGGUUUCCGGCCGGGGCAGGACGUGAGCGUGCCGGAGAUCAACCUCUACACGGGCGACAUGCCGCGGCAGCUCCUGGCGCCGCCGGCGCCGCCGCUAGCGUCGCGCCCGUUCCUGGCCUUCUUCGCCGGCGGCCGGCACGGGCACGUCCGUGACCUGCUGCUCCGGCGAUGGAAGGGCCACGACCCGGACGUGUUCCCGGUGUACGAGCACGAGCACGAGCACAGCCAUGGACGACGACAGCAGGACGGGGCCCCGCUUGACUACUACUGGUACAUGCGGCGCGCGCGCUUCUGCCUGUGCCCGAGCGGGUACGAGGUGGCGAGCCCGCGCGUGGUGGAGGCCAUCCACGCCGAGUGCGUGCCGGUGAUCCUCUCCGACGGGUACGCGCUGCCGUUCGCCGACGUGCUGCGGUGGGAGGCGUUCUCGGUGGCGGUGCCGGUCGCCGACAUCCCCAGGCUGAGGGAGGUGCUGGAGCGGAUACCGGCGCCGGAGGUGGAGCGGCUCCAGCGAGGGGUGCGCCUGGUGAAGCGACACUUCAUGCUGCACCAGCCGCCGGAGAGGCUGGACAUGUUUAAUAUGAUCCUGCAUUCUGUCUGGCUCAGGAGGCUUAACCUUAGACUGAAUCGCUAA